CCAGGCUAGCCGUUUCCAACUGUUUCUAGUCUUUAUGCUAAGCUAACCAUAUUUACCAUGCAGACGUUAGUGGUUUUAGUCUUCUCUAAUAACUCUCAGCAAGAUACAAACACGCGUAUUCCCUGAAAUGAACUAUUCCUCUAAAUGCAUGACAUUUCAAACCAUUGAAAGAAAGUGUUUCUAGAUCUCCGAUUUCAUGAUUGCAUGUUGACGUUUAGUGAAGUGUGAUUAAUGCUGCAAAGGUUGUGCGCUGACGAGUGUGUUCAUGAUUCGGAACAAUAAAUGUUCACUCAAAUUGCCAAAUGUCGCUAUUUCAGGCUUCAUGGACUUUUGGGAAAUACUGUUAAGUUUAAUUUCAGUAAAAUGAUGUCACUUGGCCCCACCCACUACAGCAGGUGAAGCUUCUCGGGAAUCGUCUCGAGACGAUGAUGAGUAUUGGAAUGUUUGUGGUGCCAUAAUUACAGCGCGUGAUUGUGCGUGUGAGAGACAGUUUAGGCCUCUGGGAUACACAGAAGAACUACAGAGAGUCAUAGAUACUACAAUGUCAUCAUUCAGUGUUUUUGCGUCAUUGCCGGAGGAUCACUUCCAGUGCCCGAUCUGUCUCAAGGUCUUCAGCGACCCGGUAACCACUCCUUGUGGUCACAACUUCUGCAAGACCUGCCUCAGCGAGCAGUGGGACAAGAGUGAUUCGUGCAGCUGCCCGAUGUGUCACAAAAGAUUCCACGUGAGGCCUCAGAUCUCCACAAACACGGUCAUUGAGGAGAUUUCCGUCCAGAUAAAGAGGCAGAAAGUCGAGGCAACCGAAAGCGCAGACGCGCCAUGGCGGGUGAAGUGCGACAUUUGCAAGGAAAUGAAGUUCAAGGCCCUGAAGUCCUGCCUGGUGUGUCUGACGUCGUACUGUGAGGCCCACCUGGAGCCCCACCAAAGAGUUCCCUCCCUGAUGACACACACGCUUGUGGACCCGCUGGAGAACCUGGAGGAGAGGAUGUGCGGGAAGCACAAGAGGGUCCUGGAGCUUUUUUGCAGGGAUGAACAGGUGUGCAUCUGUCUGCUGUGCAGCGAGACGGACCACAAGUACCACGACACGGUGCCCAUAGAAGAAGAAGUGGCUCAACAGAAAGAAAAUGUUGAGUCCAAGAAAGCAAAGAUCAAAUUGAUGAUUGAGGACAGGAUGGAAAAGAUAAAGGAAUUCACAGACGCUUCUGUAAUGAGCAGAGAAAAAACAAAUACAGAGAUUGCUGACAGUGAACAGCUCUUCAAUACUCUGAUGAAACAUGUUCAAGUGGCACAAACCAAGCUGAAAGCAAAUAUCGAUGAUAAGCUCAUUAAAUCACAAGAGAAAGACGAAGCGAUGAUUGAAGAGCUGCAGGAGGAGAUCGCCCAACUGCAGAGGAUGCACUCUGAGCUGGAGGAGCUUUCACAAAGUGACGACCACCUUCACCUCCUGCAGACUCUGCAGGAGCUGAGCAUCAUAUCAGACACCAAGGACUGGUCCAAGAUCAGGGUUGACUCAGACCUGUGCGUGCAGACGCUGAGGAGAGCCAUGACUCAUCUUGUGGACACUUUCCAAUCAAAACUGCAAACUCUGACAGACACGGAACUGACCAGGAUGAAACAAUACAUCGCAUCGGUCACAUUUGACCCAGCCACGGCUGGUCACUGCCUUGUGGUGUCUGAAUUGGGGGAACAUUUGAAGUACAACAAAACUGCGAAGCCCUCGUCUUCUGAUGACUCAGAGAGGUUCCACUGUCCCAUGGUUCUAGGGACGGAGGGCUUCACCUCUGGGCGUCACUACUGGGAAGUCAAGGUGGGCCUGAGAACCAACUGGGACGUCGGUGUCGCAAAGGAGACAGUUAACAGAAAAGAGAGCAUCGAAGUGGAAAGAGCAAAUGGCUUCUUUGCCAUAGGAAAGAGGGGUUUUGAUUAUAGAGUUCAAUGUACAUCCUACACGGCCCUUCACCUGUGUCCCUGGCCAAGAAAUGUAGGAGUCUAUGUGGACUAUGAUGAAGGCAGAGUCUCUUUCUAUGACGUGGAUAGAAAGUUCCACAUUCAUUCUUUCACAGGAGAGUCUUUCACAGAGAAGCUGUUCCCGUACUUCUAUCUGUACAGCUGCGGCAAGAAAUCGGAGACUUUGGUCAUUAGAUCUAUGGAAGAUUACCCACCUUUCUUUAAUCUGCGUCCUCUAAAGCGCCCUACACACCUUACACACCGAAGGCGACGCAUCGGGUCAUUAGUGCCCCUCUUUAUUUUCUGUACCGAUUCAAACAGCCAAUGGAAUACACCAUCAUCGGUGGAUGCUGAUACCACACCGAAUCGGACCGGAGGUCGCAUGCAUGUACGUGCACACACACGCAAAGACCUAAUGUCCGAGCCUCCGAAGUGCUGCAUCUGUCUGGAUGAGUUCACCAGGCCUGCUUCCCUGCCCUGUGGACACUGCUUCUGCCUAGGAUGUAUAGGCGAAUACUGGAGGAUCCACGGGGCCUGUCAGUGCCCACUCUGCAAGGCCUUUUUCCCCACAAGGCCGCAGCUCAAAACAGCCCAAACGCCUCAUGCCGGUGCCCCGACCGAGGAGGCCGCUGUGCCUUUAAAAGCUGGAGAGGUGCCCUGUGAUCUCUGCCCGGCGAAGCAUAGGGCAGUCAAGUCCUGCCUGGUGUGCCUGGCCUCGUACUGCGCCGCUCAUCUGGAGCCACAUUACCUGAGAGAAGACCUUGGGCGCCAUCUCCUGAUCAGUGUGGUGAAGAACCUGGAGGACUCUGUGUGUCGACUGCACGGGAAGCAGUUAAACAAGUUCUGCAGGAGCGAUCGAACGUGCAUCUGUGCCAUGUGUGCCCAGACAGAACACAGGGGCCACCACAUUAUUUCUAUCAACAGGGAAGCUACAAAGAAGAAGGUUAAAGUAAAAUGGAGAAGGAUGAAACUUCAGCAAGCCAUUCAGGAGAGACUGAGUAAAGUUGAGAGAAUGAAUCUCUCUGUAGGCCUCAGUGAAAAACAUCCCAAAGAGGCAUGGGCACAAAAAGAGCUCAUCAGACAACUGGAGGAAGAGAUCUCAGAGCUGCAGAGCAGAAGCACCGAGCUGGAGCAGCUCUCGCAGACUGAAGAUGACCUCCACUUCCUACAGGUCUGCUUCAUGGUCAAAAGUCACCUGAUCACAAAUCAUUCAGUGAAAUCACAUGUUUCAAAGAGCAAUAUAUGUGACCUUAAACACUGCUCUCAAUGUAGUCUCUCCUCUUGUCUCUACAGACAUUUCUGCACACUGCCUCGUGGACUGACACCUUCAUGUUUAAAUAACAUGGCCUCCGCUAAAGCGUCACCCUGCGAGACCAACUCACUGGAGAAGCAACUGAUAUGCUCCAUCUGCCUGGAUCUAUUUGUGGAUCCUGUCACUACAGCUUGUGGCCACUCCUUUUGUAAUACAUGUCUGGACCACACCUGUAAAUACACUGAAAAGAGGUGCCCCCUAUGCAAGGAGGAUCUGACGAAAACCCCACAUGUUAACAUCGUCCUGAGAAACAUUGUCGAACAGAUGAAUAAGAAAGACCCUGAUGAGUACACUGGGGCUACCGGCCAAGUGGCCUGUGACAUUUGCACAGAGAGAAAGCUGAAGGCCAAGAAGUCCUGUCUUGUGUGUCUUGCCUCAUAUUGUUUGCAGCACCUGAAGAACCAUUCCUCAACUAAAAGGUUGAAGGGCCACAAAUUGGUGGAACCUGUGAAAAACCUGGAUGAUAGAGCCUGCUUGCAGCACGGACGCCCCUUGGAGCUGUACAGCAGGAAGAUGGAGAGGUGCAUUUGUGCACUUUGCAUUGAAGAAGGUCAGGAGGAGAUUGUUUCUAUUGAAGUCGAAUGGCACAAGAAGAAGGCCAAGCUUGACAGCACAAAGACAGAGUUAAAAGAGAAAAUUAUGAAGAGAAAAACACGGAUGGACGAGACUGAUACGUCUCUAAAGAACUGCAAGGACCAGCUGGAGACUGAGUGGUGGGAUAUUGACAAUGUGUUCACAGCUGUUUCUGCCAUUGUGGAGGAAGCCCGAGCGACAGCUCUUAAGCCACUGGAGGAGAAGAGAGAAGAUGUGAAGAAAGAGGCAAAAAGCAUCAAAGACGAUUUGGAAGCUGAGAUCAACAGUCUUGAGAAAACCAUCUCUGAGCUGGACAACAUAUCUGCACUUGAGGAUCACAUCCUUUUCCUUCAGGAGUACCCAUCUCUUCAAAAGCUGGACAACCUCAAAGACUCAACAGGGGUAGAGCUCGACACAUCACUGUCUUUUGGCACCUUGAGAAAAACCACAACAACCAUGUUGGAACAAAUUCAACAGAGACUUGAGGAGCUGGCCUCCACUGAACUUCAGAGACUUCCAAAGUUUAGAGUGGACGUGAAGCUGGACCCAACCACCGCUCACCGGCGGCUUGUUGUCUCUGAUGAUGGGAAGGAAGUGAGAGACGAAGGGGAGGACCAAGAAGUAGAUGACGCUCCGGAGAGGUUUGAUCUGUUUGCGAGCAUCCUGGGGCUCGACACGUUGUCCUCAGGGAAAUCAUUCUGGGAGGUGGAGGUCAGCAACAAGACAGGGUGGGACCUGGGUGUGGCGAGAAGCGACGCAAACCGCAAGGGGAGUCUCUCGCUGAACCCAGAUAACGGUUACUGGGUCAUCGUACAUUAUGAGGAGGAAAAGUACGCAGCUAUGACGGCGCCGCCAGUUGGUCUUUCCCUGAAAGAGAAACCUGAGAAGGUCGGGGUGUUUGUGGACACAGAGAAAGGUCUCGUGUCCUUCUACGAUUUGACGGCUAAAUCUCACAUCUACUCGUUUACGAAGGGUUCGUUCAGUGAUGACCUCAGUGACGACCUCCUGCCAUAUUUCAGUCCACAUGUAAAAACAGAUGAGAAAAACGCUGAUCCUUUGAUUAUUUCUGCUUACAAUGAUUGUAAGCAGGAGAUGGACAUACAGAUACUCAACACAUUAGACAUGAGCCUCCAGGAAUGUCACUGCGGCUGGUCCAAAGUAACGACCUACCAGGGCCUGAGGAUCCACCAGGGGAGGAUGGGAUGCACGGCGAGGGGGCAGAAGGGUGAACAAUACGGACAGCCGUAUGUGGGGGGACACGCAGACUAUCAAAAGGACUUCAACCUGGAUGUCUACACCCCUAUCAAGAACACAGACUACUCUUCAGAUGUGAGCCUCCAGGGCCAGCCGUACGUGGGGGGACUCGCAGACUAUCAAAAGGACUUUCAUCAGGAUGUUUACACCCCUAUCAAGAACGACGUGAGCCACCAGGAAUGUCACUGCGGCUGGUCCAAAGUAACGACCUACCAGGGCCUGAGGAUCCACCAGGGGAAGAUGGGAUGCACGCCGAAGGGAGUGAGGAUCUCGAAGGAAGAGCAGUGGGUCCGGAAAAAUCGGUUGGAAGAAGUGGAUCAAUGGAAACAUCAGCCAGCGAAGACAGUGACCGUCAAGAAGCAGAGAGAGCCAUUGUCACCGACACCCAACAGCUAUACCACCAACGCAGAAAUAACCAGAAAAAUCAAGCUGGAAAACAAACCACUUCCUCCACCUACGCGGCGCUCUUCCCAAACGAACACAAUCACAAAGUUAAUCCGUCAGCUGCAGGAUUCCUCCACUGGUGUGCAGGGGAAUAGAUUGGUCAGGGAGCGUCCAACUGUUCCACCUCGGCCAGAAGUAGUCCGACCUCGGGAGAACGACAGGAGGGCUCAAACAUUAUCAGAGGUGAGGCAAGACAGAAUCAGAGUUGACAUGAAGCAGGAAAUCCAGAUGAGAGAACAAAAGGUGGCUCAAGCCAGAUCAUCUGUAAAAGCCUGUAAGGGCAACUUGGAAGCUGAGUGGCUGGAGAUCAACAGUAUGUUCUCGGAGGUGGUGAGAGUUGCGGAGGAUGCCAAGCGGAAGUCCCUCAACCGUUCGUUCUCCAAGCUGAGAACUACAACGUCAACCAUGAUGAAAGAAAUUCAACAGAAACUGGAGAAACUUGCAGUUAUUGAACUUGAAUGGAUUUCCAAUUUUGCAGUGGAUGUAGAGCUGGAUCCAACCACCCCAUACGAAUGCCUCGUUUCUGCUGACGGGAAGAGACUGAGUAGCAGAGGAGGGACCCAGGGAGCUUUGCGGAGGUUUGGCAGCGUCCUGGGCCUCAACAGAAUGACCUCUGGGAAGUCGUACUGGGAGGUUGUUGUCAGCAACAAGACCGGAUGGAGUCUCGGUGUAGCGACAGGUGAUGCACAAUGCAAGGGGAAACUCUUGAUGUGCCCAGAUAACGGCUACUGGGUUGCUGAACAUUCUACAAACAAGUUCGCCGCCCUGACAAAUCCGCCGGUUGGUCUUCCCCUGAAAGAGAAACCACAGAAGGUGGGAGUGUUUGUGGACUACGAGGAAGGCCUCGUGUCCUUCUACGACGUGACGGCUCAAUCUCACAUCUACUCGUUUACCGAGUGUGCGUUCACUGAAGGGAUCUACCCCUAUUUCAUUGUGCAUGUUAUUGAAGAUGGAAGCACUGACCCUCUGAUAAUCUCAACAGUGAAACGUCAGUAAUUAUGUGUGUUAUUCGGAGGGUGGGUCAAGCUCCAAAAACGAUGGAUCCUACAUUUCCCAAAAUGCAGCUGAAUAGUGUCUUUUUUAAGGCCCGACUUGCUCGGUAAACGCCUGCCUUUCAAACGACGUCAUGAGCGAUAUUUUUCAGACCGUGUAAAGCUCACUCCAGAGCCAUAGAUGCCAUAAUACAUUAUGGGUUGUUCACAGGUUCAGUAGUAUUAAGUAAUGAUGCACUUAAUGUGGUUUUGGUUAUGUAAUGCAAAAGACAAAUAAGGUUUCUGUAUAAUCAGCAACGUGUUUCUUUAUUAGAAUGCAUAUUAGCUACCUAAUCUAUAAAGACUAUUAGAGUACACAGACCACAACUACUGUACAAACAUGGCGGUCGGCUCCUUGAUAUUAUAUUUCAUUCCUGCCAAUAGAUCGUCCUAAACGCGACACAGAGUGAGACUAUGUAACUAUGGUAUUCUGAAAACACAGAAUACCAUGUUCCUCUUACAAAUUAAAAAAAUAAUUCACAAGCAAUCAAACACACCGUUGCUUUUCCUGCUACGGCUUUACUUUGCUUUACUUACACUACUGCUGAGCUACAUUUCAAACAGAACUUUUCAACAAAAGUUACAGAGCCUUGCUAAAGAUCCCUAUAAAACCCUAUAAAUAAUGUUUUAAGUGUUUAUAUCAAGUGCUUUGAUGUUCAUUUCAUGUAUGAAUGGGUAGAUAUUGAUUUAUAGUGCUUGAGUUCUCUCACUUCCUACGGCUCAUUAUUAAACACCUUCGCUCUGA